AUGGCCUGCAAACACAUAUGCAAGAUCCCUUGCAAAGACCGUCACACAUGUACUUGCAACUGCGAAGAAAGUCAGCGUCUGGAAUCCCUUGCUCAGCAGCAGGCCGAAGGAGCGGGGGCUAGGUGGGUUGUGGCCGAGCCCGAAGAUAGGCGCGAAAAUGAGCGGCGAGCGGCGAUCAAGAAUUACCAAGCGUACGCGAAUGGGGGCUCAAAGGAGCAUGAUGAGGUUCUCGACCAAAAGGCAGCGUUGCAAGCACAGCGAAAUCAGCCGAUGGAUCUGAACAUCUGCUUGCUUCUCGAUGGUGACAAUCCCAUGGAUGGUGCCACAAGGCAAACCAAUUCUGUCGCAAAGAACGAAGGAGGAACAGGAAAUGAUAAACAGGACGCGAUCCAGCCCCAGAAAAGUCUUCUCGAUUACUGGUAG